AUGUCGGACUCACCGUGGAACGCCCCCGUGCCUGGUCAUGAGUCCUUAAAAGCUCCUAAACCCGCUGCCCACACGCAACAUGCCAAGAAGGAAGAGCACGUGGUGUGGAAUGCUGCUGCUAAACCGAAAGCCGGCACGACUGAGAAGAUCAAGGACAAGACGCGGAAGGUGGUGGAGGACGCCAAGGACGUCACCGCCAAGGUGACGAGCACCGUAGAGGGAUACAAGAACGAUAGUGUGGCCAAGGUGAAGAAGCUUAAGGAGGACCGGAAGGUGGCCAAGGAAGAGAAGAAGGCGGACAAGAAGGCGGACAAGAAGGCGGACAAGAAGAAGGCAGAAGAGUCAGCCGGUGCCUGUGGAAUCUGUGGCUGCACUGUCAUGUAA